CAUCACCAAACUGCCAUCACCCGUUUGCUGCAGAUGUCUCUGAUUCAAAAGUGGUUGAGGACUUGGUUGGAAUGGUGAAAAAAAUGUAUGAGGGCGUUCCAUCCAUAUUGGUUAAUGCAGCAGGAAUCACCAGGGAUAAUUUUUUACUAAAACUUGAUGAGAAGAGUUUUGAUGAAGUUAUCAAAGUUAAUCUGAAGGGUACUUAUCUGAUGACCAAGGCCAUAGCCCAAUUAAUGGUGGAAAAUUCUCAGCCUGGGUCUAUAGUUAACAUUGCAAGUAUAGUGGGUAAAGUGGGCAAUAUUGGUCAAGCUAAUUAUGCUGCCUCAAAGUCUGGACUGGAAGGGUUGACCAAAACAGUAGCUAAGGAAAUGGGGAGGUAUGGUAUUCGCUGUAAUGCUGUGUUGCCAGGUUUCAUAGACACUCCAAUGACAGAGGCUGUGCCAGAGAAAGUGAUAGAUAACAUGAGGAAGAUGAUACCAGCAGGCAGGACAGGAAAACCAGAAGAGGUGGCAGAGGCUUGUUUGUUCUUGGCUUCGGACAGAAGCAGUUAUGUCACUGGAAUAAGUCUGGAAGUGGCAGGUGGACUUUUUAUGUAAGAGUUACAAGACAUAUAGCUCCAGCCGGAUAUUGACUUUGCCAGGGAAUCAAUAUUCAGGGAAAUUUUUGUACAUGUAGCAUUAAGUCUCAUUAUGACAGCUAAUCUGGAAUUUUGUAGAAUUCAGGUAUAUUUACAGUAUUGUUAUGUAAGUUUAUCUGAGA